AUGCUUCAGGGAAUUAUCAACUCUUCCGGUUUAAAUCAAUUGCAAGAAUCAAAAGAAGACGAAAAUUGGGAUGAAGCUUUCAGCGAUAUUGAUACUGCUUUAGGCUCCUCUGUUUUCUCUGCAAAGUCCUCCAGCUCCAACACAACUAACACUUUUGUCUCCUCAUCCUUCACCGACGACCUUAAUAACGACGACACAAUUAAAAAAUUGCAAUUAGAAGACUUAAAACAAUCAAAUCACAAGAUCAACAGGUUGUUGACAACAAAAAAAUUUUCAAAAAUUUUCCCAAAAUUCGGUUAUCCCUCAAAUUUAUCAAACAAUGGCUCACAAAUCAGUAAUUUUAGUUUCAAACAAAAUCAAACCACUAAAAACAAAACACAAAAUUUUACUAAUCCUAAUAUCGACAAUUACAAUGAUAUCGAAAAUGACAAUGACAACGAAAAUGAUAAUAAAACAAUUACCAACAGCGACAAAUCAAAAUUCAUCGAUGGUUUUGAUGAGACUGAUCUAAUCGACGAUUUUACAAUAAAGAAAACGAAAUUUUCAAAUAUCACCAAAUCAAGUGAAGAUUUACUCAACAUCAACAUCAACAACAACGAUACCACUAACACCACUAAUAACGAUCAAUUUGAAAGUGAUAUAGAAGAUGGGAUAGAAUUUCCUGACCAGCUUGUUCUUAACAAUACAAUUAGAGUCAACAGCCUGAGUCAGCAACCCGAUUUUUUAAACAUAAAUACCUUAAAUGGAAACAUUCAAAACACUAACAACGCCAAUCAUAGCAAUUAUAAUAAAUAUAACGAUUAUAACAGCAACAAUUAUAAAGAUUUCAGCAACAACAACAAUGAGAUUCAAUUUUUCAAAAAAUCUUCAAAUAUACAAUACGAUGACUCCAUCCAUUUAUCCCCUUCAAACUCAACUGCUUCUCUCAACACUAGCAACUCCUCAUCCACUUUAUCCACAUCGACUUAUUCAGAAUCUGAAUUAGAUUCUGCUGAUUAUAUUACUGGAAUAGAACUAGAUAUAAAUAACCAAAAUUUGAAUUUUAAUGAUCUAUUAAAAAAGAGACUUCAAAGAGCUAAAAUUCAGGCAGAACUAGAAGAAAGAGAAUAUUAUAAAAAAUACUCAAAUUUAAAUAAAAAUUUCACCUCUGUUAAAAAAAAUUUAAGAUUUCUAUCUCAAAAUUUAAAUACUAAUAUUACUAAUAAUAUCACUACUACUGCUACCAAUAAUAGUGAUAAUAAUAAUUACAGUCAUAGCCAUGAUCAUAGCCAUGAUCACAACCAUAGCCAUAACCAUAAGAAUAAUAAUUUCAACUCAAACUACUAUAAUCUUGGCUCAGAAUACUCUGCUGAAGAAUUCGAAACUGUUAUCGAUAGCGAUGAAAAUUUGACUGAUGGCUUUGAAGAUUUUGAUAUCUUUGAUAUCAAUAACCAUAAAAUUAAUAACAACGUAGUUUUUAAAAACUCUCAAGGCGAUAGAAUAAAAUUAAAUUCUCCAACUAAAUUGAAUUAUCAAAAUAAUUUCAAAAAUUCAAAAACUAAUUUAAUCUCAAAUAAUAAUAAUAAUAAUAAUAAUAAUAAUAAUAAUAAUAAUAAUAAUAAUAAUAAUAAUAAUACUAGCAAUACUAAUAAAACAAUUAGAUCAACAAAAUCAAAUUUAAAUUUAAAACAAAAUCCAGAUGUACCCUCUAACAAACUGUCCUUCUAUAAACAUCAACUGAACUCGGAUAUUGAUGUCUCCAGAGCUCAAAGAAAAUUAAACGAAUUUAAUUUUAACAACUUUGAGAAAUCCCAACAACAAAAUCAAAUUCAAAAAUCCCAACCAAAACUUAGGACUAAAAAAUCCAUGCCUUCCUUAAAAACUAAUUACAAUAACAUUUCAAAUUAUGAUGAUCCAUCUCAAAGAUCUAUAAACUAUCUAAAAAGAUCAAAUGGUGGUUUUCUAAUUAAUAAUAAUUUGAUGAUAAAUAAUCUCAAUUAUGAUUCUAAUGACGAAACAUUCAAAAAUAUCAAAAUUGAUAUUUCUUCACCAAUCAAAAAUACUAGAAAAUUUAAGAAAAAAAUCUUGAAGAAGCCCAAAAAAAAUAAAAAUUUCGGAAAUGGGCAUGAAUUGGACAAAUUUGAAGAUUUAACUGUUAAUCCAUAUGAUGAAGAUCAGUUUUUAGUCACAUUCAAUUCUGGUGAUAAUAAUCUCACUUUGAGACCAAAUUUAUUUAAGCAAUCAAAUGAAGCCAAAUUAUUAGAAUUGAAAAAAUAUAUGGAGAUAGAUGAAGAACUUCCAACAAAAUAUAAAAAACAUAAAAAAAAACAAAAACAUCGAUCAAAAAAACAUAGCAAUAUCUCAUCAUCGUCGUCGUCUUCUUCAUAUUCUCAAUUGAAAAAUCAAGCAUCAUUUAAUAACCUUAAAGGUGAAACCUUGAAACCUAUUAAAAGAAACAAAAGUCCCAAUAAAAGCCCAAACAAGAAUCCCUGUUUAAUAAAACCAUUGAAUGUCCCAACUCAACAAAGAGUAAUUAUUGGUUUUAAUGGAACCAAAAUGAGAUAUAAUCCAAUUGAAUUUAAAUGGGAAGGAAAUAAAGUCGAAUUGAAGCGAUUUGAUACAAUUAAUAUAAAACAUCCAGCAUUAAUUACCUUUUUAAAUAAGGGGAAUAAUAAUUAUUAUAAUAAUAGUCAAAGAACGAUAACCGAUAUUAAUCUAAGUACUAUGAAUAAGAAAAAGAUGGAUUCAAUUGAAGGACUUCAAAUAGAAGGCAAUAUGUAUUUUGAUUCCGAUAGAUUAUGCUGGAUCAAUUUAAACAGACAAGAAGAUUUUCAAAAUGAUCCAUUUAAAAAUAUUAACGAUUUGGCAAUCGAUGGCAAUUAUGAAGAAGAAGAUUAUGAUGAUGUAUUUGAUGAUGAUGAGAUUAAUAGUAGUUUUGAAAGCAUGCCCUCGAGAUCUCAAACGCCAAUUUCGAUAAGUUUGGGAGCAAACAAUGAAAUUAGAAUCAGAACCCCACAAAAUUCAAAGUGUCGAAUUUCUAGUGUAUCGGGACCAGAAUUCAAUUUGUUGUCAUCCCAAAAAUCCAAAAACAACAAGCUAACCUCUCCAAGUGCCAAAUAUUUGAAAUAUACCUCUAACAAUCAAUUCAGAAAUUUAUUAUUCUGUGAUACAAAUGAAGAUAUUAACAACCAUAAUAUCAAUAAUUUAAAGAAUACAUUGAUUCCAAAUCUAGGAGCUAGAAUGGGACAAAGAAAUACUAUUAACAAUAUCAAUACUAGUACCAAUACCAAUAAUAGAAAUCUAAACCUAACUGAGAAUGAAUUUGAAAUAGGCGAUUCCAUGAUCAAAAGAUUUUACCAUGAAGAAGCCAAAUGGCAAAAAAAAGUUAAAAACUGGUUCUCACCCAGUGAAGAAAAUAACAAAGAUCAUUUGUACGAAAUCCGAUUAAUGGUUAUGGGCCGUAACAAUACCACCAAUGAACAGUCAACUUAA